CAUUGACAACUCUGGCGACGGCAAGGCGAAUGAAAAUUGGCUAAAAACAGCAGGCCGUUUUAACACAAUGGAAUUGUGUUAACGUUAACGCACAUUUUUCCAAACAGGCUUUGUUUGUUGGUUGGGUGAGUGUGUGUUAGGCGUUCAAGUGCGAGCGAGAUAGCAACACGUGCAAUUGUAUUGGUGUCGGGUUGGCAGGGCUGCCAACCCGUUUCUUGUAUUUGCAUUCGUAUCUGGCAGCAACGCACAGCUGUUGCGUAUGGUGAGGAGGGUACACAGUUUUGGAUACACUGUAUAGCGAAUAUAGUUUGAAUUGCACUAAAAUGCCACUCGCGUCGCCAAGCUAACUCUAUAUACCCUCAUCAACAUAGGCCGCCAGCAGAUUCCACCUUGCAUUGCCAUUGCAUCAUUCACACAACUGCCAGGCUAGGAAGAGCAACAACAACCACAACAACAAGAACAACAUGCCCAUGAGCGCUGCACUAAUCUAUACGGAUCACGGCAACGGUACAACGAAGCACACAAAAGCGCCGCCAUCCACACCAACAACAACAGCAUUAUCCACAACACAACCAACAACAACAACAAACAUGACCAACUCGUCCAAGACAGAUGUGAUCGCUGGCAGCGCCGCUGCUGCCGCUCAACUGGGCAGCAUGUUGGCUUCGUCCAGCUUGGCCUUGGCUACCAUGCAGGGUCAGAAGUGGCAACAGGUCUUUGAUCUGGACAAAAUGAUCAAACAGUUGCGUGCGGCGGAGAAGACGCAUUUACGUGGCGGUGGCGGAAGCGGCAGCGGCAGCGGAGGACGUGGCAAUGAUGCAAAGCAAGCAGCUCAUGUUGUGCAGGUGCAGCGAUUAAAUGCCGCAGACAUGUCCUACUAUGACAUGGUGCCCAAGCAGGCAACACGUGACAUUGUCGUGUGCAACUCAUGCAGUGGCAGCUACACCAAGCCAGGUUUCAACAAUCACAUUGCAUUGCAACAUCCCAGCAUUUGGGAUAGUAUUCCGAGCAAGCUCAACACCACGGAGACAACACAUCAGCCACGUUCCAUGGCAGCAGCAGGUGCACUGGCGGAGAACAGUCAGGAUGGCGUGCGGGAACCAGCGGAAUUGUUGGGCUCUCCCACAGAUACACUGUCAGCUACAACGUCCAGCUCUUCCAAUGGCUCCAGUAGCUCAACAGCUGCUGUUAAUAGCAACAACAACACAAACAGCAGUAGCAGCAACAACACAAGCACACACGCCUCCAGCAGCUCGGCAACAUCAUCGUCAUCCUCGUCGCGUCACAAAAGCAGCAGCAGCAGCAGCAAGAGUAGCAGUUCCUCAAAGACCAGCAGCAGUACAAGUCGAUCACGUUCGAAGUCAUCCAAGAAUCGCCACCACUCGGAGGUUCAUCACAAAGUUGGCUCUAAGAAGAGCAGUGCCAGUGCCAUAGCAACAACUGUUGCCGUUGCACCACCAAUAGCUGCCAUUUUCAAGGAGGAGGCAGCAGUUGGAGGAGCAGCAGCAGGAACAGCAGCAGUCGCAGUUGCCGCUGUACCUGCUUCAAUAACGGUAUUCUCCUCGUCAUCCAAUUCUUCAUGCUCACUGCCGCCGACGCCAACACUGGCGACUGUGGCCAGCAAUGGCAAUGAGCAUGCCAUCGCAUAUUCUCCCGCGCCCGCGCAGCUCAACAGCAUGCUGGACGAGACACAGCCAAAUAAGAAGAAGCUAAAGGGUGCAACAACAGAAGCAUCUGCACCACAUCAUCGUAGCAAAGCUGGCAAGGAGAAGCAAUUGGCGCCUCUAUAUGAGCAACAACAACAGCAGCUGAGUGAAUUGGAUCAGGCUGUCUCCUCUAUAACCGGUCAUGUGGAUCUGGAGACACAGGCACAGCAGCAGCAGCAGCAACAACAACAACAACGCCAGCAUCUGGUUGAUCUUUCGGGUGUUACUGAGGAGUCCCUGCCCAUGCAUAAUACAUCCGAUGAUAAUUCCAUAUCGCUGACAUUGGAUGAUAUGUUAGAUAGCAAGUUUAUCAAUGAGAUUCUAAAUACUGUCGAGUCGGAUAUACCCUUCGAUGAGAGCGCACUGGACACCUCACAGUCGCAGUCACAAUCGCAACCGCAACAGUUGCAAAUGCAGCUGCAGCAGCAGCAACAACAACAACAACAGCUGGAAACGUCAGAGCAUGCGCCAGCAACAAAACGACUUCGAUUUGAUGAUGGCACCAUUAAUACAGAUGCCAAUGAUUACGGACUCUACCAACAACAACAGCAGCAACAACAACAACAACAGCAGCAGCAACUGAAGCAGGAACUUAAUGAUGAGGUGACGGCACAGUUUAGUGUUUACAAUGUUCCCUCGCUGACAGAUGAUGAUGAUGCGGAGACAACAACAACCACAGCAACAGUUGCAACAACUGCAGCGGAUGAGCACAUGAUACUGCCAAUCUCAUACUAUGAGAUUACUGACAAUAAUCAGGUGUCCGUGUUGGAUCAACAAAGUCAGCAGCAGGUUAUAGCCGAGUUUCUCACCCAAGCUGGCUAUGACAAUGUCGAUGUGAAUGUGAACGUGUUGCAGACAGUUGCAGGAGCAACUACGGAUGCAAAUGGAGUAGGCGUGGCCAAUCAUUUCAACGAUGAACUAAGCGAUUUUGACUUUACGAAACUGGAGACUGUUAGCGCGGAAGCCAACCACCCAAAGACUGUCAAGCUGGAAACAAUCCAGCCACAACAACAACCACAACAUGCCACCACCAACAACACAUACAAUAGCUAUGAGAACGAGUUCCAAGCACAGCCACAUCGCCAAUUGGUUAAUGCCAAAUAUCACGAGGAUACCACGUACUUCAACAUGACGCUCUAUGCCGGCCCUCCGCGUCCCUUGGCCAUGAAUACCUUUGGCCUCGUCAAGCUGCCCAAUGGCAUGGGCGCUACACUGCGCAAAAAUGUUCUGAUGACUCGCAAGGCCAACAAUGGAUUGCUUUCGCUCAACGGCAGCAGCGGCGUUGUGGGCACACUUGCCCGCCCACCCCCUCCGCCACCAACGGGGAAUUGCAACGGAAAUGUGGGCUCACAGCAAUUGCAACUGUUGCCCAGGAAUGCGUCGCAUGGCAAGACGAUAUAUGCCCAGAAGUGCAGCAUAAUUGCCCAGGAUAGACUGAGAUGCAACAAGCGAGCGCUGUUGAGUCGCCUGGGCAAUGGGAGCAACAAUGUAGCCAGCCUGACUGUGAAGCGGCUAAACGAAUUGCUGUCGGGCAAAGUGAAAACGAUUGCGGACAAAGACAAGGAGAAGCCGGAACACAACGAAGGCAACGAACAACAAUAUCAAGAUCAGGAGCAUCUCAAGCGCAUGCACAGUUUCUAUGAGAAGCGACGCAAGUUGAUGGCGUCGCAUCAUCAGCGGCACACAAUUGCUGGCGGCAGCGGCAGCAGCAACAGCAACAACCAUAACAAUAAUAGACAAUUUAUGCGUCAGCGUCCAAUGCAUUUGCCACUGCAGCUGCAGAGUGGCGGCGUCAAUGCCGUCGGCAGUCCAAGUCCACAGCAUCAGCUGCUCAAGAAACAAUUGAUGCGUACGUUGUCCGACAGCAGCAACAUUCUCACCAACAGCGGCGGAGUAGGUGGUGCAACAAGCGGUGGAGGUGGUGCAGCAAGCGGAGUAGCUGGCGGCAACAAUCCAUGGAAGAGCAACAGCUCCACGCCGGGAAGCAACUCGACGGGUAGCGAUUUAAUGCGUGUGUUUGUCUAAAUAUACACACAUACACACACACACGUAUGCAGAUGCAAAUGAUUAUAAUUAUGAAUAGAAUUUUAUGAUUAUCUCUAUCUUUACGUAGCGCUAUGUUUAAUAUUUUAAAUUUCUUAAAUCAAUUAUUUUCAUUUUUUUAAAAGUGAUAAUUAGAUUGGAAACAUGA